UAUCAAAUCUUCAGACAGGACGACGCAGAAAUCCGCAAGUCCCCCAGCCGUCUGUCUCCUCUCUUAUCAGCUUACCCCGCCAUUUACAUCUCCGUCCCCCCCAGACUGCAAAUCUUCAUUCUUCUUCCUCUCCCAUGGCGGCUUCUUCCUUGACGACCUUGUCGAAUGCAGGUGCCCUCCGCCCGCAGGUCUCUCCGGUCAACGCUCUCAACUGUCCCGCUCGCUCUGCCGUGCGCGUUCGAGUUGGACCCCCGUUGCACGCGAAUCUGUCGUGGUCGUGCUCGAGCUCGAGCUCGAGCUCGGCCUCUCUGCGCCUCCUCCCUCUGAAUUCCUCGUGUUCUCGGAGGAACUUCCGCUGCCCCCGCUCGAUUCGUGCUAGCGCUGAGGUGGCAGCACUGCAAUCGAAAGUAACCAAUAAAGUCUAUUUUGACAUUAGCAUUGGGAACCCCGUCGGGAAGCUUGCCGGGAGAAUCGUGAUUGGAUUGUUUGGCGACGAUGUUCCGCAGACGGCAGAGAACUUCCGCGCUCUGUGCACAGGGGAGAAAGGCUUUGGUUACAAAGGCUCCGCUUUCCACCGUGUGAUCAAAGAUUUCAUGAUUCAAGGAGGUGAUUUCGACAAGGGAAAUGGAACUGGAGGCAAAAGUAUAUAUGGCCGUACAUUUAAGGAUGAGAACUUCAAGUUGGCCCACAUUGGACCUGGUGUGGUUAGCAUGGCAAAUGCGGGCCCCAACACUAAUGGAAGCCAAUUCUUCAUUUGCACUGUGAAGACUCCAUGGUUGGAUCAGAGGCACGUUGUGUUCGGGCAAGUUAUAGAAGGCAUGGAUAUUGUUAAGAUGAUCGAGUCGCAGGAAACAGACAGAGGAGACCGUCCUAGGAAACGAGUCGUGAUUGCAGAUUGUGGGGAGCUUCCUGUGGCCUAAAUAAUUGAGCUCCACUUCGAUAAUGCUCUUCUUUUUUCUCGUUUUGCUUAUUUAUAGAGAAACCGAGAACCGUGGACCAAGGCUGGAGUUGCCGAGAUGUUUUUUGAAAAUUAGGUUGUUGUACUCAUGAACAUCAUAGGUUUCAUUCAUUCGGGAGCUCGAAACUGUUAGCUUGUCAGAGAUUAUAAUGAAAUGCAACCUUAUAUAUGUUGUUGGAUUUCCA